UCCACCCAGUAUCAGUCCACUCUGCCCUUAGUGCAGGUCUACUAGUAGUGGCUCAUUGUUCCUUGACUAAAGAAAAGACUUGAUUAAAGGAGUAGAGCACCCUGAACAUUGCUUAAAACAGUGAAGGUCGCAGCUUGCCUGACUGAAAGAGAUUAGUGUCUCUUGCAGACUCAAGUGCUGCCUACAAAAUGAGAAGCAGCUGCCCUGGGGUUCUGGGGCUUGCAUUGUUCCUCUUGCUGGUUUUGCCCCCUCUGCUGCCAAGCAGUGGGGCAUACCAGCACAGAGCUCCAACCUGGCUAGAUUUCCAACACCUCAUUCAGACCUGGAGAAACCUCCCCAGCAACACCAACCAGGAUGGGGAGAGCACCCGCCAGGGCCACAGCCAGGACACCGGGUCCAGGGAGAGGCUGGCAGAUCACAAGAAAUCCUGCCAGAGCAAUCUUGACCUCUAUUUAAUCUUGGACAAGUCAGGCAGUGUGGCCAACAACUGGAUAUUUACAUACGGCUUCGUAGAGGAUUUCCUCAAAAUGUUUCAAAACCCGAAAAUGCGGGUCUCCAUCAUCACCUUCUCCACACUGGGCCACACCGUCCUAAAGCUCACCUCAGACAAAAAAGAAAUCGAAGACGGUCUCAACAAACUACGCAACACAGUGCCUACCGGUGACACAAACAUGCAGGAAGGAUUUAAAGCGGUCAAUGAGCAGAUCGCCAACGCAAACUCUGGAGUAAAGAAGGUUCACUCCAUGGUUAUCUCCCUGACUGAUGGAGCACUAUCCCCAGAGUCCUUUGAGGCUACCAAGAACGAAGCUCAGAGGACUCGACAACUGGGAGGGACUGUAUACGCUGUGGGUGUAAACUACUACAUGAAAAAUCAGCUCUUGGAAAUUGCAGACAGUGAGGAUCACGUGGUUGGUGUGGACAGUGGAUUUUAUGAUCUCCAGAACAUCGUCGACUCACUCGCAGAUAAAUCCUGUAUUGAGCUUACAAGUGUGGAACCGACAAAUUACUGUGUGGGAGAAAGCUCUGAAGCACUGGUCUUUGGAAGAGGUUUUCAUAACACCAAAAACAAAAACGAAGUCCUAUGUAGAUUUCAGAGAAGUGACACCAUAUAUUUUGAUAAAAGAGCCACCCAAGUGGAAGACACCAGCAUAAAGUGUCCGGGAGUGCAGAUGGAGGAAACAGCCAACGAUAUCUCCGUUGAAGUGAGCCUGAACAAUGGUGCCAGCUUCAUCAGCAACGGGCUCAAGAUCAGCAGCAAGGAUUGUGGGGGUCACAGGAAAGUACAUCCAGUGGACUAUCCAGAUGUGGCAAAUGUGGUGGCAGUUCCCAUGAAAAGAAACGUACAAUUUCCUGAUAUCAACCCUUAUCAACUAGCAAUAGUCCUAGGCAUAAUUUUAACACCAGCGGUGAUCUGGUUACUAUGGAGAUUUUUUUCCAGAAAGAACAAGGAGCCGGUGAAACCCUGUACACCAAACUGCCCAGCAGUGGUGGUCCCUUGCGGUGGGUGUGGAGAGCGCAACAUGAACCAACUAGAGAAAAAAAUGGAUCUUAUGUGCAACUUUUUUCAAAAUGGUAAUCAGCGUCCAGUGAUGCCAUGUCAGCCCACGAACAAGUGGUAGUGCCCGAACUCCAGCCCACUCGGUCCUGAUGUGAGAAGAUGCCCGGCUACCCACUUUCCUGCCCACAACCCGACCUCCUCAACAGCUGCUGCUAUCAGUGCCAACGCACCCCAUCCCGGCCCCCACCACUCGACUGUUCCCGCUGCCCUCCGGGAUGCUCCAAUGAUCCCUGCCCCUGCGGGAACAUUCGGUGGAGUCCUUUGCCCCUCCCACCCCCAUUGCCCAGCCUCUAAAACACUGAAACUCCAAAUUAAAAAGAGCCCUUUAUGUGC